AAUGGCAUUAACUGAUAAACUUUGCUUUGGAUUCUCAAUUACAGCAUUAGCCAUAUAUGUAAUAUUAUUUGUAAUAGCUAACAUUAUUGGUUAUGGUCCUGUAAACUAACCAAUGAGCAAUGGAAGUAUAUAUAUAAGCAAUAGUCAUAGAGUAAUGCAAAUUAAUAUACUUUUCGGAUCUGAAAGAUAUUUCAAAAACUCUUUGUUUAGAUGAAUGUCCAAAAACUGGAGAUACAAAAUUAAAAUGUGAUAAUUGUUCAGGCAAUAUUAUAAACACAGAUGAAUGUUAUAUUUUUUAUCAUUAAAUUAGAUAAUAAUGCUUGUUUACCUACUUUAUAUGCUUAAUUAACAUAAGUUAUGCCUGCUUUGAAAACACCAAGACUUAGUAAUUUUACUUAAUCUUUAAUAUCAAAUAGUGAAUUUGUUUUAACUGGACUUUUAUUAUUGCUCUCCAUACUUUACUUAAGUUAGAAAAUGGUAAGAUAAUACUUUUCUCUUAUGAUUUCAUUCUUAAAUAACUUUUACCCUUAUGGAUUAUUGUGGUUAUCAAUUAUAAUGGCAUAUCGUUUAUCAACCUUUCAUGAUAUGGAUAAAUUAGAGAGAGCAGGAGAAUCUAGAUAAUUAAAUUAAUAAUCUAUUGGAAUUUUGGUUGAAGCUUUCAAUCUUAAGUCUACCUAUACAAUAAUGUUAUUGAUAUUAAUCAAAGUAUUUAUAGGAUCUCUUAUAUCUCAAUUUUUUCAUUAAAAUGAUAAGGAAGGAUAUAGAUUGAAAAGUUAUAUUUCUUUGACAAUAAGAAAGAAACUUGGACAAUAUACAUUGAGAUAUAAUUCUGUUAUUCAAAUACUUGUAAUUAUUAACUUUUUCAUAAUGUAUUAUUCCAUUACGUAAUAAUUAUUAAAUAAUUUUAGUGCAGCAUUAAGUAAUGGUUCAAUAGAUUCAACGUAACCUGCUUAUAGUCAAUAUUAAACAUCUAUUUUAGGAAUAAUCAUAGCUGUUCUUGUAUUUUGUCUUUUUAUUUAUGCAUCAAAAUUAUUAAGAUUGUAUACUGAUUAUUUCAUAUACAUUUUUUCAUUAUAACAAUUGUUAUGGGAGAAAGAGCAAAAUAUAUAAUUUUUUAAGUAAAUAAUAAUUUGAUUAUAAUUAAGAAAUUCAUUUGAAGCUUUUGGAACAAUUUCUUAAUUAGCAUUUAAGCAAAUGAUUAAUUCACCAAAAAGCUUAGGGAUUAAAUUAAUGUAUUUAAUUAAAAAGCCCUAAAUCGCUCAUAAAUGGGAGAAUGAUUUAUCCUUAUUAACUUCCCUAUCACUUGGACGUUAAGUGUUUUACUUGACUCAAAAUUAAGUCAAUAAUUAACCUAUAGCCUCAUAUCAAUUAUAAGAGAGCAUUGACGCCUUAAAUAUUUAAGAUCUAGAUAUUGUUUAUCAAUUAUGUAGAAAUUAAUUAAAAUUUUUUAAUAGACUAAUAAGCUGAAGAUAUUCUUAGGUAUUCUGGAUGGUCUAUUGGAUGUAUAAUUGGAUUAUUUAAUUCACUCUUUGGUUGUGGUUUCUCAACAAUUUUACUAAUGGUUCCUUUAUGUUGUGAUUUAAACUAUGUGAUAAGUGCAUAAAUUAUUAAAGGAUUCUUAACAUUUGGAUUAAUAGAAGGAAAUUAAGAUGAUGACUAAUUAAUGAAUUAUUAUAAGACAGUUAUAUUGAUUGAGAAAGAAGAACUUAUAUAAAAAUAAAGAAAAUAAUAAUAAAUUUGA